CUCAACCCUGCAAGUCCCUCUGUGACAGGACUGCAUCCCGAAAGCUUCCACAUGGCCUCCUUUCCUCUCUACCCCACCUUCAACUCCUCAUCACGACUGGAAAGCACUUAUUUCCUCUUCUGUUGCAUUGAAAUCAAUAAGAAGAAAAACAGUGGAGGAGGGAAAGGAAGCCAUGUCGGAACUGUUGGAACACAACUCAUAUGUGUCAGCACAUGGUGUCAAUAAUGUUCUGCCUUGGUUUGACCCCUGACCUCUAACACCAACCCCUCUUGUCUGACCUGCACCGGACUCUCAACACAGUCGAGUGACCCAUGAAGUGAUCAAUCAGACCGAGUAAGACCGAGCUGCACCGGCUCCAAUUGCUUUGAAAUCAGUUGUGUUGGGUUGCGAGCUGUGUUUGAAGAUGCCUUCUAACUCUCACACGACAUCACAAACUGACCCUGGAGCAUUUAGCACUUCUUCAAGUUCUACCUGGUUCUGAUGCAAACCAUCCAAAAACAAUGGAGUGUCACAGUGUGUGAAACAUUUCUUGGGGUUAAUAUGAAACUCCUGCUGAACGAAGGGGACUUUCUAUGAAGCGCUAACGUUAAUUCAGUAUACACUUCAGAUAGUGAAAUCCUUUUACCAAAUAUCUUAACUAUUUUAAUUUAGCAGUUAACAGACAAGUUAAACACAGUUGUUGAAACAACAGUCUAUUUUAUCCUAUGUGUAGUGGACAUAGUGCUAUUCUAUCCAUACCUUCUUUACAGUAUAUAUAGACUGUGGUUGUCGUAAACUCACAGAAUAACAUAAUUUACAAAACUAGCACUCUCAAAGUAAUAAUAAUAAUAAUAACCACAUAGCUGUAGAUGAUGUUAUUCUGGCUCACUUUUAGUGAGUUUUAAAAAGUGGGACUUAGUAUGGCCAGCCCCACAGGGGGACCUAACUAUCAAAGUGUCCAACUUCAACUCUACAGUCAAUUUUACAGUUGUAAUGUAGUGACAUGUCUUUGUUAAAGCAUGAAAAAACAAGGAUCUUACAUCUGGAGUUUAUCUUAGAGUGCAUUUCCAGCAGAAAGUUGAUUGAGUUGAUUGAAAUUAAUUGGUCAAAGAAGAGCACUAAGAAGUGCACAUUCAGUCUAAAUAUCCAGUUUGAAAUGACUAACAGAUGGGGUUUUUAAAUACAAAAUCACAAUCAUUCAGUUGUGACUAUCUGUCUUUCUGAGUAAGAACAUGAUGGUACAGUGAGCUUGCCGAAAACGUUCCCACUGUUUUUUCUGGAAACAAAUUGACUUUACUGCGUUUACGCUUCAAAACCAGAAGCGAUAAUUCAGGUAGAGAGAAUCCUUCUGUCUCACAUCUUUGUUUGUCCCACUGAAAUAACAGGUGAAAUUAAAUGGAUGUUUUGGAGAGUAAAGGGUCGAACAGGAAGGAUUUCUGGAAUCUGUGGCCAUCCUUUAUGACUGAACUGUGAGGUGGAUGUGUUGAUCCAUGGCUCAUUAGUUUUCCAGGAGCCCUUACAGUGUUGGACCAUGUACAGUCAGUGGGUGAGCCACAGGGUACAUGGCUAUAUGUAUGUAAGACUGCAUCAAGAGCCGUUUAGUAUCAGUACUGAUGUAGUGGUUUUCAAGAAGUAUUAGGGGAGUAAGGUGGCAGGAUGAUAUUUAGGUAUGUCACCAAACACUUGAAUUGUCUUGCUGAUUGUGUGUUCGACCAUCUAUUUGCUCUCCUCAUCAUGUAGUGCUGGAUGUGUGGUUUACAGUAGUUUCUCUGUUGUCUGCGACGCUGCACAGACUGAGUGUCGAGCAGUGACAGCUUCCUCCCUCUUCAACAGCCUAGAACAUCAAGCUGACAAGCCACACCUCCACACAUGUAUGUCACAAGCAGUCAGAACAAUGAUAUGUUCAAAGUAAUAAGAGCAAAACGUGAUACUGUAGGCGACCCAGUGCUGAGGCCUGGACUGGUGCUAGAUUGCCCUCUGCUGGUAAAGACAGAGGAAAUGUUUCUGACUAAAAUGAACAAACUGUGGUAAAUGAUUGAUUCCUCACUGAAAUAUUUAGAAAAAUGCAUGUUCGACCCAAGUGAAUAACACAACAGAUAAGCAAAAAUUGAUUACAGGAAAAAAGUAUUUAAAUGACUCAUUAUUAUUUAAAGCUAGAAUCUAGUGUGAUUUGCAAUUGUGUGAGGCAGAUUUUAUGUGAUCGUAAUGUAUCAAAGUAUAAGAUGGUUUUCUUGAUAACAGGCCUUGUAUUUUCAUUGAGUCGCUGCUGCCGGCUAAUUUAGACAGAUGAGUCAUGUUAGCUCGGCGGCUCAAACAGCUGCCUGUUUAAUGGACUUCUAAAGCGUGGAGCUGCUUAUAAAAGCUGCAACUUGUGUUUACAGCAUCUCUGGCAAACGCUUGGCUUGUUGUCGUGCAGCCAAAAGCGUAGGAUGUUGUUAUAAGCCCAUUUAUUUUGCAGAAAUCACUUAUGUCUACUUUCCUUUCCCCCCACUGGGCUAAUUUUAUGUUAAACUGAUUUUCAUUUUUACUGCGCUAUGUUUUAUUGAACAUGUUGCUCUUUCAUUACUCACUACACCCACUGCCACCUCCGACACUCACCACCUCAACUACAUCAUCCACAUGUCUCCCCCACCCCCUUCCCUCACCCACCAACCCAACAACCCACCCGCCCAGACUCAGAUGGCCUGUCCAGCCCCACUCGCCACAGCCUCUCAGACGGGUCAGAGGACCAGCUGGACCGCCUCCAGCAGGUGGAGCUGGCCAGGACCACACCCAUGUCACAGUGGAGGGCGGGUACUGUGCAGGCCUGGCUAGAGGUUGUCAUGGCGAUGCCCAUGUACAUCCGCACCUGCUCAGAAAACAUCAAGAGUGGCAAGGUCUUACUGGGGCUGACAGAUGAGGACCUGGAGCUGGGUUUAGGUGUCAGCAGUUUAAUGCAUCGCCGGAAACUUCGCCUGGCCAUCGAGGACUACAGAGAUGCUGAGAACGGUAGAGGGCUGUCCAAGGCUGCAGACAUGGACCACCACUGGGUGGCCAAGGCCUGGUUAAGCGAUGUGGGCUUGCCUCAGUACGCCCAGGCCUUUCACAAUCACUUGGUGGACGGCCGCAUGCUUAACUCCCUCACACGCCGGGACCUUGAACGUCACCUCAACAUCACCAAGAAGUUCCACCAGGUCAGCCUGCAGCUGGGCAUCGAACUGCUGCACCUACUCAACUUUGACAAGGAGGCACUGCAGGCUCGCCGGGUGCAGUGUGAGCAUCAGAACGUGGAUCCACUGGUGUGGACGUCUCAUCGGGUCAUCAAGUGGAUCCGAGACAUUGAUAUGAAGGAGUUUGCAGAAGGUCUCCUUAACAGUGGAGUUCAUGGAGCCGUCAUGGUGCUUGACCCCACGUUCAACACUGACGCCAUGGCAACAGCACUGGGGAUUGCCAACAGCAAGCACAUGGUUCGUCGACACCUCGUCGAGGAGAUGAAGGCCCUGAUUGGCUCUGCCAGGACAGAUGCCAAACAGGACUAUGAGCGUUUAGGCCCGGGAACACCACCGACCCCACAUCGCCAGAACUCGCUGGGCCGACCACCCAGCUCUGCCGGUCGACACACUGAUGACGAGGGUUCGCUGAGACGGAGGGCUGUCAAGGUGGUAAACAAAAAAACUUCCCCUCUUCGGAAUCAGCUUUGGCCUCCAACAGGCUUCAGCCCCAAAGGCCGCAGUGGGCGGGACUUGAGUUGCCAUGGCAGCUACAGCUCUCUUCCGCGGGAUGUUCGAGACCAGACUCCGCCCAGAACCGAGGGAAGUCCGAUUCACGGGUACACCAGCAUCGAGGUCUCCAACGUGUGAGGUCAACAGAGUGCAGCACCAGACAUCCUCUUCAUCAUGGACAAUUGUUUUCCAUCUACGCCCCAAACAUGGAUGUUUUCUUCUUUUCUAUAAAUGAGCCUUUAGAGGACAGAUUGCACUUUUUAAAAAGGGACAGGAUAUGUUUUUACACGUUUCCUGAUUUAAGCAAAACUUUUUCAAGAAUCACUGUGAGCAGGUGGUGAGAAGAUUCUCCCCCAGAAUGAAGGAAGGACUCAAAAUAAAGGAUUAUUUUUCUAUGUAGUUUAUGUAGUUUGUUUCCGUUGACUAGUUGAUAUUGACAAAGUCUGUUUUCUGAGGGAAAUGAGAAUUAAAAAAACUUUGUAUAAUACAGGGUAGCCUACUUCAAGACAAAAUGAAAAAAGUUUAAUAUCAGUGUAAACUGUUGUGGUUUCAUUCAAUUCUGCUGUCUGUGAUGCCUUGUCAUUGUAACUGAGUACAAUGGACAAAAAAAAGACUUGAACUGAAUUUUAAAUUCUAGAUUAUACUAUGUUUGAUAGUCAUUUUUCAUCUUGCACAUUUACACUGUUGUGUCUAAACAUAUGUAGCGCCCUCUUCUGAUGUUUUAUACUGUGUGGUGAACAUGGAAUAAUAUUUGAACUGAACUGCUAACUGAAGAUGACUGCAGAGUUGUAUGUUAGCCUUCCGGCUAAAUGGUGUAAAGAUGAAAUUAUGUCAACAUGAGAGUGUUACUUUUAAUGAAAUAAAGAUGACAUUCAACUAAGAAAA